AUGGGACAGGAGGUUGGAGACCGGAGCUUCCCCCUGGGGGCUGUGAAGACUCUCAAGGCUCUGAUGGAGAAGGAAGACUUUGAGGUGAACCCAAAUGUCGCAGAAACCAGCUCUGUAGCAGUGUGCCAAGACCCGGUCCUGCCCCAGGUUUUCAGGGAAGUGUGUCAAGAGCAGGGAGCGGCCGUCACACUGUCCAGACUUGUGACGCUCAUCUCACCUGUGGAUCCGUGCGAGAUCUGUGUCAACCCCUCCUGCUACGGCUGCCACGCCUGA